AUGGGUCUUCAUCAAAGAAUGAUUGAAUGCUAUUGUAGCUGCCGCCCAAAUCAAGCAUCGGAUCCAGAGGCAGUUUGGAACAGUAUCCCAACUAAUACUCAAGCUGCAAUCGAUAAGAGUAUUGAUACUGCAAUAUAUUCUUUGGUUCAAUCAGAAUUACUUGGAUUCUCUCAAUUAAAGGAUGAAUAUUACUUUGCUACAAUGUCCGAUCCAGUUUCCACACCAGAGUACAUAAGUUCCGUUUACAUUUCAUGUGUUACUCAAGUGAUUCGUCAAGAGCAGCUCUUUAAAAACAGAUCAAUUCCAAGCAACACUCUUGCCUUUUUUAUAAGUUAUGCUGAUGAAUCAAAUUCAGUAAUCAACACUCAUAUUCAAUCAUUAUUCGAUGUUUCAACUACUCAAUCACCCGAUCUAUGGAAUAAGGUUUCAGAUGAACUCAAUCAUUUCUAUAUGUCAUUAUAUCCAACUGGUGGUUCGAUUGGUCCAGUUUCACAUAUUCUUUUAUCAAAUCUUACUGGUGUUUUCAAUACUCCUUUUUGGUGGAUAAACUUUGAAAGCAAUACCACUAAACUCUAA